AUGGCAGCCAAGGACGACGACGCCCAGGACGCCAUCACCGCGGAGGAGAUCUCCGGCACCGCUCCCGCUCCUGCGCCCGCGCCCGCCACCAGCGGCACUAGCCAGGGCGCAGAGCGCAACGCAUUCACCGAGCUCAUGGCGCCGAAGCCGGCUCGCGCGCAGACGCAGACGCAGACGCAAACGCAAACACCGCGCGACAUCCCGGGGCCGUCGUUCCUGACGCGGCAGGCGCUGGCGGCGACGCGCGGGCCGCUGACGCGCUCGUUCAAGAACCGCGACGGGCUGGGCGCGUACACGCACGACCCGGCCGCGUUCCCGGCGAGCCGGGUGGUGUUCUACGACGACGACUUCGUCGCCAUCCGCGACAUGUACCCGAAGUCGAGCCUGCACUGCCUGCUGCUGCCGCGCGCGCCGCGCAGCCGGCUGCACCCGUUCGACGCGUUCGGGUGCGCCGCCGACGACGGCAGCCCGACGCCCGACGCCGCCGAGGCCGCGCGCUUCCUCGCCGCCGUGCGCGGCGCCACCGCCCGGCUCGCGCGCCUCGUCGCCGCCGAGCUGCGCCGGCGCCACGGCCGCGGCAGCGCGGCCGAGCGCGCGCGCCAGGCCGUGCUCGACGGCUCCGACGACCCCGACCAGCAGCUCCUCCCCCCCGGCCGCGACUGGGAGGCCGAGCUGCUCGUCGGCGUGCACGCCCACCCCAGCAUGAACGACCUGCACGUGCACGUGCUGGCGCCCGACAUGGUGUCCGAGUGCAUGCGCCACCGCAAGCACUACAACAGCUUCCGCACGCCCUUCCUCAUCGGCCUCGACGCCUUCCCCCUCGCCCCCGACGACCCCCGCCGCCACCCCGGCCGCGCCGGCUACCUCGACACCGACCUGCGCUGCUGGCGCUGCGGCCGCAGCUUCGGCAACCGCUUCAAGCAGCUCAAGGACCACCUCGCCGACGAGUUCGAGCUCUGGAAGAGCGAGUGACCCGCCGCCGGACGAGGCAAGGAGAAGGGGAAGGGGGGAGAGGGAAGGAGUGGCGAUGACCUGGGAGAAGACUCGAUGCAGAUUGCCUGUAAAUCGCCCUGUACUGGGACCUCGACUGCCUGAUAUCGCUCAGCGCGGCACCAACGCUCAGAGCAGACAGGCUCGCGCCGCGCGUGAGAUCCCGGCAGUCGUCUAGCAAUGAUCAUGUUCAGAGGCGGGAGGUGUAUGAUUAGGCACGCAACAUAUCGGCCAUAUCGCCCUCUACGGAAGGUAGACCCCCCAAUGAGCGGGUUCGCGCCCAGUGUGGGAGGCAUCCUAGGCUAGCAUAUCCCAUAGAGAAGUUAGCGGCGAGAACUGCAGAACGCGCUACGAACCGUGAAGAAAUAAAGAUGAAGCGGCGACGUGAUCAAAUUCGUGUAUUCCGUCUACAACCGACGUGAAGGGCCCGUUAACUAAAUCAGAUAAGAGAGCACGCGUCGUGAUUAACCGGGGUCAUCACUGCUUCUGUCACUGCUAAAAUACGUGUACAAGCCAGACUUCCGA